AUGUAUUGGUUGGUCGUCUGGACCGUGUUUGUCACGUGGUGCGAGGCAGCCUCAAAAUUCCCAGCUGGGUUUCAAUUUGGCUCAGCCACAUCCUCUUACCAGGUGGAGGGCGCUUGGAACGCGAGUGAUAAAUCUCCAAGUAUCUGGGAUGUUUUCGUCCAUGAACACCCAUCCGCUAUCGCGGACCACUCUAAUGGAGAUGUGGCUUGCGACUCCUACCAUUUAUGGAAGAAGGAUAUCGCCUUGGCCCGGAGUUUGGGGCUCAACUUUUAUCGUUUCUCAAUAGCAUGGCCCCGACUCCUGCCUGAGGGUUUUUCUAAUAACGUGAGUAAAGAUGGAACAACAUAUUACAACAAUCUUAUCAACGGUCUGCUUAGCGUUGGAAUCGAACCGGUUGUCACCCUCUACCACUGGGAUUUGCCGCAAAAUCUACAAGAUUUAGGAGGCUGGACCAACAUUGAAAUAGUGAAUUGGUUUCAAGAGUAUGCCCGUGUGGCGUUCACGCUUUUUGGAGACCGGGUUAAGACCUGGGUCACCAUAAAUGAACCAACUAGCUUCUGUAAUGUGGGGUAUGGGACUGGGAUACUAGCACCUGGGGUAGUCAGCCCUGGGAUUGGAGAAUACCUUUGCGCUAAAAAUGCUUUACUGAGUCAUGCGAAGGCAUACAGACUGUAUGAAAAGGAAUUCAGAGAUAAAUAUAAAGGGCAAGUUGGUUUGACAAACCAAUUCGUAUGGUAUGAGGCUAAGAAUCCUGGCCAGGAACAAAAUGCGCAGCUUGCACGGGACCUAGGCGAAUUAUACACCUUUCCGAUAUUCUCCAAUAUUGGUGGAUGGCCCCCCAAUAUCGAGUUUAUUAUAGCCAAAAAUAGUAGAGCUGAAAAUUAUUCAAGUUCCAGACUUCCUGCACUCACUGAAGAAGAAAUAAAUCUAGUCAAAGGUUCAGCUGACUUCUUUGGUGUUAACUACUAUACUUCCCGACUCGUUGAAGAAGCGUGUCACCAUGAACAGAUUCUCGUCUGGCCAUUGUUUGGAAGCCGGGAGCUUGGCCUGGUUUUCUCAUAUGAUUCUACUUGGCUACCGCGUUACGAUUGGAUCGCGAGCUAUCCCCCUGGAAUCCGUCGACUUAUGAAGUCAUUGACGGAGCGUUAUGGGAAUAUAGAAAUAAAAAUCUUUGAGAAUGGUUUUGGGAUGUCUGAUCCAUCCCUCAAUGACACCAGGAGGGUGCAAUAUAUUAGGGAUCACUUGGAGCAGGUUUUCCUGUCUAUAACAGAAGAUGGCGUAAAUGUCACGGCCUACACUGCGUGGGCGCUUAUUGAUAACUUUGAGUGGAACAGUGGAUAUAAGUCUAGAUUUGGCAUAGUCCACGUUGAUUAUAACGACCCGAAACUCAAGCGCACGCCUAGAGCCUCCGCGUACUAUUAUGCAGAUGUAAUAAAGAAAAGAGAAGUUUGA